AUGAUAUCUUCACUGAUUACAUUUUUAUUUCAUAUCAAUCCAAUAAAUUUCAAAUUAUUUGCUGUAUUUUUAUGGAUAUUUGAUGCUGCUUUAUGCACGUUAGUCAUCCGAAAAGUACCAUAUACCGAAAUAGAUUGGACUACUUACAUGCAACAGGUGAGUUGCUAUGAACAAGGAAUUCGUAAUUACUCAAAAAUUGAAGGUGAUACCGGUCCUAUCGUGUAUCCAGCUGGUCAUAUUUGGUUUUAUUUAAUCCUUUCUCAUAUCACCAAUCAUGGACAAGAUAUCCGUACGGCUCAAUAUAUUUUCGGAUUUCUGUAUUUGACAAGCUUAUUAUUAGUUUUUCGUAUAUAUUAUAUGAGCCAUAGAUUGCCUCCAUUUGUACUAAUUAUACUGUGUUGUAUAUCGUAUCGAAUUCAUUCCAUUUAUCUUCUUCGAUUAUUCAAUGAUCCAGUUGCAAUGUUGCUCUUUUAUUUGGCUGUUAAUUUAUGGAUUAGUCAUUAUUUUCAAAUUGGCUCCAUAUUUUAUAGUUUGGCUGUAUCAGUGAAAAUGAAUACAUUAUUGUUUUCUCCAGCACUUUUGUUCAUUCUUCUUUUGAAUACUGGUUACUGGAAUACGUUCAAAACAAUUGUAUUAUGCGCUACGAUUCAGAUUGUCUUAGCACUUCCGUUCCUACUGCAUGAUCCAUUCUCGUACUUGCAAAGAUCUUUCGAUUUGGGCAGAGUUUUUCUCUUCAAAUGGACAGUGAAUUGGCGUUUUUUAUCAGAGGAAAUAUUUUUGGAUCAUCGGUUUCACAUAUUCUUACUAGCCACUCAUAUUAUUUUGCUUUUCUUUGCUGGAUACUUAUGGUUUAGGCGAUAUAGUGGAUAUAUGCAUAUGUUAUCAAUGGUGAAGUAUGGUAAAUUGUUAUUGAGUACUAAUGAAAUGCUUAUAGCUUUGUUCACAGCAAAUUUAAUUGGUAUAUGCGUUGCUCGGUCAUUGCAUUAUCAAUUUUACAGUUGGUACUUUUAUACAUUACCCUAUUUGCUGUUUGCUGGUUUACCGUUCCAUAGUGAUUGGUUUUUCAAGGACAGAAUAACAUCCAUGCAAAAAUCAGUUGAUGCUGUAUCACCAUUGUCAAUAAUUUUAAGAUGCUGUAUUCUUGUUGGAAUUGAGUUAUGCUGGAAUACCUAUCCUUCGACAGUUAUCAGUUCAGCAAUGCUUCAUUGCUUUCACAUUGCUAUAUUUUACAUAUUGAUACAUGAUUAUUAUAAUGAUAGUAAUCUGAAAAUACAUAAAAUUACAUAA